GAGAGAGGAGGGAGUGGGACCCGGAUUCUGAUGCAAAUAAGGCAAAGGAAGAGGAGAGAGAAUAUAUCGAUUUACGGCAAGAAAAGCAAACGGACUAUAAACGGGGAGGCCCUCUCAGGCAACGUGUGCAAUUAUAUAAAAAUGAGUAUAUCUAGUAAAAUGUCAAUACAUAUGUAGUUAUUUUUCACUAGCAAAUCGUUGAAUGAUUGAAAUUGGAACCGGCAAGGGAGACACGCCAAAGGAGAGAGAGAAGAUGCUAUGAUACGCCUACUGGCAGUGAUAGAGCGUGAGGGAGGGAGGGAGGGAGGGAGGGGGUGAUACGGUAAAGAUGGUUGUUUUGCAAGGGGUGCAUCUUUCUUCAAAACAAAUCGCUACAAUGUAGCUGUUGGACGUAACAUAUAUUUUCACUUUACAAAGAAACUUCAAAAUGAUCCGAUUUUGACAGACGUGGAUAGAUACAGGCUAACCACAGUGUGUGGCAGCACUUGUUCAGCUAACUCGAAGAAAACAUGCUGCUCCACUUGUGAUAACCGGCCUGACAGUGAAUACCAUUUACGUCAGUCUGUCUGCAUUGAACUAUAAGGACGUUUUAUGUUGCAAUACAUUGUUUGAAUGAAUGGAUGUAGCAGGUUGAAUAUAGACAAUAAAUGGUGCAGUCAACACGAACGUUGAUAAAUAUCUAUAAAUUAUUGUUGCUGUCAAACUGAAAUAGCUAUUAGUACUUGUUAUGCUAUGUGGAUUGACCAAUGUAUCAUAAACGAAGCUAGUUAAAACCUGAAAACUGACAUAUAGACCAACCAUGUUAUCAAUCUUGUCAUACUUGUUAACAUGAUAGGUGUCGCUAUUUUGAGUUUAGGCUAGUGCAGAACAUGAUAUUUGUGUCGGCAAUCCAUUUACUCAGCGGGUUAUUGUUCGGUUUCAAUAUAAGGCGUCUAUAUUCACUAAGAAGUAAAACCUCACAAAUCGGUGGAGGUAGUAGGUUUUGUCUGGGAAGGUGAAAUAUAUCCCACAAUUCUUAAUUCAGGAUUUAUCCUGCCUUUAACUCAGACUGGAGUUAUAGGUCUACAUCUCAAAGUAGCAUAGCAAUCUUUUCCUAACCAUUACUUGCCAUUGUUAUACAGACUUCCUUUUUUUAUUUGGGGACAAUAAUUCGUGAAAUUCACCAAGAUAUAGAGCUAGUUAUCAACAUUGGUCACUCAUAAGUUGUAGUCAAUAGUUAGAGCAGUAUGAGUAAGGAACUGUCACUAAGUCAGACAGCUCAAUAUGUUGGGCCAUAUCGAAUGGAAAAAACACUGGGAAAGGGCCAGACAGGUGAGUUCUGAAUUGUUCGGCUCAAAGUGGCUCACUUGUAAAUAAUAAUGUGUUUGUCUGUGUUUAUCAUGGGAUGGAAGGCUGGAUGACAGGUGGGUGGGUGAAUAGAUAGAUGGAUGUAAUAUACACUCACCGGCCCGUUUAUUAGGUACACCCAUCUAGUACAGAGUUGGCCUCCAGAACAGCCUGAAAUCUUCUGGGAAUGGAUUAUACAAGUCGGAAAUGUUCCACAGGGAAGUUGGUCCAUGCUGACGCGAUGGCAUCACACAGUUGCUGCAGAUUGGACGGCGGUACACCACCGCCUGUACCGUUGACACCAGGCAAGAUGGGUCCAUGGACUCAUGCUGCUUACAUCAAAAUCCUGACUGCCCUCAGCAUGACGCAACAUAAACUGGGAUUCCUCCUCAGUAGUCCAGUGUUGGUGAUGGCGUGCCCACUGGAGCUGUUGCUUCUUGUUUUUAGCUGAUAGGAGUGGAACCCGGGGGUGGUCGUCUGCUGCAAUAGCCCUUCCGGAUUGACGAGUUGUGCAUUCAGAGAUGCCGUUCUGCACACCACUGUUGUUCUGAGACAUUAUUUGUCUGUUUGUGGCAAGCCUGUUAACUUGCACGAUUCUUGUAAUUCUCCUUUAACACCUCUCAUCAACAAGUUGUUUUCACCCACAGGACUGACUGUCAGACUGCCGCUGACUGGAUGUAUGUUUUUCUUCUUCGACAUUCUCUGUAAACCCUAGACACUGUCAUGCGUGAAAAGCCCAGGAGGGCGGCCGUUUCUGAGAUACUGGACCCGGCAAGCCUAGCACCAACGAUCAUACCGCACUCAGUCACUUAGGCUUGGUGAAGCUUGGAGUUCACUGCAUUACAGGACAGAAGGUGGCCAUCAAAAUAGUCAACAGGGAGAAGCUGUCAGAGUCAGUUCUGAUGAAGGUGGAGAGGGAGAUUGCCAUCCUGAAGCUGAUUGAGCAUCCGCAUGUGUUGAAGCUGCAUGACGUUUACGAGAAUAACAAAUAUCUGUACCUGGUGUUAGAGCAUGUGUCAGGAGGGGAGUUAUUUGACUAUCUGGUGAAGAAAGGUAGGCUGACACCUAAAGAGGCCAGGAAGUUCUUCCGACAAAUCAUAUCGGCCCUGGACUUCUGUCACAGUCAUUCUAUCUGUCACAGAGACCUGAAGCCGGAGAACCUGCUCCUGGAUGAGAAGAACGACAUCCGCAUCGCAGACUUCGGCAUGGCCUCCCUACAGGUGGGGGACAGCCUGCUGGAGACCAGCUGUGGAUCCCCACACUAUGCCUGUCCAGAAGUGAUCCGGGGAGAAAAGUAUGAUGGUCGCAGGGCAGAUGUGUGGAGCUGUGGAGUCAUCCUUUUUGCUCUGCUGGUGGGCGCCCUACCAUUUGACCAUGACAACUUACGUCAGCUCCUUGAGAAGGUGAAGAGCGGGGUGUUUCACAUGCCUCACUUCAUCCCACCAGACUGCCAGGCACUGCUCAAAGGCAUGAUCGAGGUUGACCCCGACAAGAGACUUAAGCUAGAGGCCGUCCAGAAGCACUCCUGGUAUCAGUCGGGUCAAAACGAGCCAUGUCCCGAGCAGCCCCCUCCCAGGCAUGUGUGCAUGGGGCGCAUCCUGUGUUUGACCGAGCUGGACCCGGACGUGCUGGACAGCAUGCACUCUCUGGGCUGCUUUAGAGACAGCGGGAAACUCACGUGCAAUCUGCAGUGUGAAGAAGACAACCAGGAGAAGAUGAUCUACUAUCUCCUGUUGGACAGGAAGGAGCGUUACCCCAGUUACGAGGAUGAAGAUCUGCCACCCCGUAUUGACGUAGCGGACCCCCCUCGUAAGCGUGUGGACUCUCCCAUGCUGACACGUCACAGCCACUGCCGCCCGGAGAGAAAGAGUCUGGAGGUGUUGAGUGUGACCGAGCAGGGGUCUCCCACCCCACCACGCAGGGCCCUGGACACGGCCGCAAACAGCCAGAGGUCUCGCUCAGUCAGUGGGGCGUCCACCGGCCUUUCCUCCAGCCCUCUCAGCAGUCCCAGGUCCUAUCAGAGCCCCGUCUUCACGUUUAGCCAAUCAGACGUCACCUCCGCCACCCCUCACACUAAGGACCCAUCCAAAGCAGGAAGGGCUACCACUUCUCGGCCGGCCCGAGCUCUCGACAAACCCAAAGCGUCGCAGAACCCUAAAACCCAGACCCUGCCCACCCCCACCAAGGGUGGCCGGCCCCACCUCCAACCCAUCAUGUCCAUCCCCAUCCACAACUCACCCUCCUGCUCACACUCGCCCCUCCUCUCGCCCAUCCCCCGCUUCUUCUUCCCCUCUCCCUCCAUGCUCAAGUCGGUCACUAAGAGCUUUUACCCCAACUCUGCCCACUCUGUGUCACAGGUUACUCCUCUGCCAACCCCCAUGGGCACCCCCGUCCACCACCCCUCCUCCACCCCUCGCUCUAACUCCUCCUCCUCGUCCUCCUCCUUGCGGGUGGAGGGAGGCGGAGGGGUGGGCUCCCUGUCCCUGACUCCUCCCUCCAGCCCCGGAGGGGGCGGCAUGGCAGCUAGCAGCUCCGCCCACUGGAGGACCCGGCUCAACUCAUUCAAGAACAACCUGCUGGGCUCGCCCCGCUUCCACCGCCGCAAGAUGCAGGUGCCCACAUCAGAGGAUAUGUCCAGGCUGACCCCUGAGUCCAGCCCUGAGCUGGCUAAGAAGUCAUGGUUUGGGAACUUCGUCAGCCUGGAGAAGGAGGAGCAGAUCUUUGUGGUGAUCAGAGACAAGCCGCUGAGCUCUGUGAAAGCAGACAUCGUCCACGCCUUCCUCUCUAUCCCCUCCCUCAGCCACAGCGUCAUCUGCCAGACCAGCUUCAGGGCCGAGUACAAGACUUCCUGCGGCCCCUCCGUCUUCCAGAAGCCUGUUAAGUUCCAGGUGGACAUUGCCUUCUCCGUGGGAGAGAGAGAGCGAGAUAGGGAGAAAACCGAGAGGGAAGGCAAGAGAGAGACAGGCAUCUACAGUGUGACAUUCACCCUCAUAUCAGGUCCUAGUCGCAGGUUCAAACGAGUGGUGGAGACCAUUCAGGCCCAGCUUCACAGCUCCCAUGAUCAGCCCGUGGGGGUCUCUUACCCCUUCCCAGACGAGAAGAACAAUCGGCCCCACGGGACCCCCACUCGCCAGAACUCCCGCCGCUCCGAGGGCGGAGGUGAUCGGUGUGAGUGGGGCGAGAGAGACGAUGGAGGAGGCAUCGGAGGCAGUGGGGGGGUCCUACAACGCAGAGGCUCUGGGAAGGAGAGGACCCAGCUACUGUCCUCCAACGGAACACAGUCCCAACCCUGAGAGAGAGAGAGAGACCAGUCGGGUAGCAGGUGUCCAAACGCCAUUGGGGGAAAAAAGCAGACAAAUUGUCAAACAAAACCUCACACCCUCACAAGCCAUGAUAUAUCUCCCAUUCUGCCCCGAUAAGAUGUCUCAACAAGUUGCUUUAAGCCUGAACACAAGCUGUCGUUUUUUUCUGUGUUGAAAUUUACAUUCAAUUCACUGAAUCAAGCAGGGAUCCAAUCCAGAACAGUUAUAAAACAUUUUUUUAAAUGUCAAAAGGGAUUCAUGGAUGAGCUAGACACAUCAAAGGUCAAACUAGGAACUUUGCAGAAGUUCUAGUUUGCAUGGCAGUUAGCAAGUCAUUGUGCAAAAAUAGUUUUAAAAGUGGCAAUAUGUAACUUUUAGCACGACCUGACCAAAUUCACAUAGAAAUGUGAGUUAUAGAUAUAUCAUUCUUGGAAGCAAGUCUAAGAAGUGGUAGAUCUGUUCUGUGUGCAAUUUCUAUGCUUCCUGUUCUUAAGUUUUGUUUUUUGUUUUUGUGUCUUUUACUUUAGUUUUUUUUACUUCAGCUUCAAGCAGCUGUUUAGAUGGUAACUUUAUUCUCUACACGAUACUAACUUAUUUUGUCACAAACUGAAAUUUGGCAAACUGUUAGUGUUUUAGCAACCAGGAAAUGGCAGAGUGAUAUCUGCAGAGUGCAACUUCACUAUAGAUGAUAAGAUCUGCUAGCGUACCAUGGAUGGUCCCGGAAAUCGAACCCACUAUCCUGGCGUUACAAACGCCAUACUAUACCAACUGAGCUACAGAGGACCAAACCAAUAACUCAAGCCAAAAGAUAAGAACGCUUUUUGUGACGGUCUGAACAAUCUUGUGACGGUUCUCAAAAAUACAGAACUCCCCCCUCCCCUUUCCCUUUACCGCUCAGCAGCAAAGGAAACCUGAUGAAUACCUUGAUGUGCCCAACAUUGUACAUACAUUUACUCAAAAGACAAUGAAAGACGAUGGAGACAUGUAGAACCCUCUUGCUUAUUAUCACAGACCACCCAUUCCAGAAGAUAGAACCUGCUGCCAAUUCAGUGAAUGAGUUUGACAGCACCUAAAGAUCCUGCUUUAAAAUUGAGAAAUUAUGUCCUUGAAAAAAAUACAUGUAAACUUUGUCUUCUGUUGUCAAGAAAUACAAAUUAAGCUAAGUUGAAUGUGAAGAAUGUUUUUUUAUUUAGGUUUAGUUAAGAUGAUUUAUAUAUUGAUUUCAGGGAUGUCGACACUCAGCGAAGAUAUAGGAGAGAAGAAUGACAUCGGGAAGAAUUGACAUCUUGGACAUACAGAAACAUUUUGCACGCCCAAUUUUUCAGUUUUUGAUUUGUUAAAAAAGUAUGAAAUAUCCAAUAAAUGCCGUUCCACUUCA